CGGCAACAAACUGCAGGAAGUUUCGUUCGUCCUGCAACGAACGGAUUUUGUGAUCAGUCGACUGAAAGACGCAAGUCGUUGCACGUUGUAGCAGCAGCAGCAGCAAUAGCAGCAUUUGUGUAUAAAUUAGUUGAGUCACGGUUUCGCUGACGUUCUGUCCUCGUGUUUUGUGUUUUUGACACUCACGGUUCCAGUUUGUUGGCAAACAUUUCGACAGUAACGAUGGGGAAGAGCGUAGAACCACGUGUAGAUUAGUGUGCUAACAACUUGUUGCCAAAUAUGGUGAAUGGUGAAUGGAACUCCUCUUAUGUUUUCGGUGUGGAUAAGGAAAGUGGAUGGGGAGAAAGAUUUUUUUUCACUUAUUUCUCGGAACUUAAUAGCCGACCUAUUGCUUUUGUUGCCCUUGAAGUCACAAUAUUUGUUUUCAUAUUUUUAAUAUCCAUUAUAGCCAACCUAUCAAUAGUAAUAUGUGUGUUCAGAUAUCCAGAUAUGCGAACGGUUACAAACUGUUUUGUACUGAAUUUGGCAGCUGCAGAUUUAUUAUUUGCGUUUACAAUACCUGCAGUGGCUUAUACGAGACUUGUUGCAGUAUGGACCCUGGGAAAUGCGGCCUGCAAAAUUGUCCCUUACGUUCAGUUUGUUUCAGGCAUUGUCCUACUUUGGACAUUGGCUCUCAUUAGUAUAGACAGAUACAGGUGUAUUGUAGUACCACCAUAUACGUCUAAAUUGUCCGUGGGACAAGCCGCACUUUACUCCACUCUUAUAUGGAUAGCGACUGUGGUUAUAUUUAUUCCUGUGCUUCUUUGGUUUCGAGAAAUAACCAGCAACAAAGGUGACACCGUUUGCACCUUAAUCUUCCCAAUGUCAGACAACGUUAACUAUUCCUUAUGUUUCAUUAUACCUGUCCUGUUAUUUGCGUGUUUAUUGCCAAUGAUUCUGUUGAUUUUUUAUUACCAAAGAAUCUUCAAGAAAAUAAUUUCGACCAAAAACGCAUGGGCCACUUCUUGUGUAAUGCUAAGCGCCAUCGAGGCUGGAGACUGCACCAGAGGCCAAGGACGCAGACAAAGCGAGCUAAGUUUAUCGGACAUAUUUGUUCCCUGGUCCAGAAAAUUUUCCACUCAAUAUUCACCAUCCUCGCCCAAUGGGUCAACAAAGAACACUCGCCACGGUUCCCUGUCCCAGCACGAAGAAGUUCGCAUGAAUCGUCACAUUAAAGUCGUGCGAGUUCUGUUCCUGAACGUUCUGGUCGUGUUAAUAAUGUGGCUCCCCAUUACUAUUAUCAUGCUGCUUAUUUACAUCGACGGCAGAAGGUUAAAUGACGACAAGAAUUACUUUCUGAGCUCGACCCAUUUCAUAGUGGCGCUUAUAAUCGCUUUUUUGAAUACGCUCGUCAAUCCUGUUCUGUACGGUUUAUUAUCGGACAACUUCAGAACUUGUCUGAUACGCAUUUGGUGCCGCAAGAAGGAGAAUAAUGAGGCGAUGGCCAACGAUCCAGUCACUCCGUCCAGCGGCAGACAAAAUCCAAAACCGCCGAAAAAACAGAGCAUCAUUAACUCAGUUACCGAGGCUCAGAACGAGGGACCGUGAAUUUUUUAUUAAGUCUGUACAGGGUUAAAAGGGCCAUAAUUCUAUAGUUGGUAUAUUGUUCAAAUAUAAAAUAUAAUAUGUACCUACCGUGAAAAUUAUGCGCCUGGAGGGUAUUUACACGGGUGAUAUAAUUAAUAUUAAUUAAACUAGAAGUAUUUUGUAGAUUAUGAAUUUAUAAUUACACUUUGUCCAGCGGAUCUGUGCGUUUUAUAGCCGUAUAAAUAAGAUUCCGGAAUAUAAACUUAAAUUAGUGGCUCACCUAAAAGAUUUACGUCGUUUUUGAAACGGACCAAUUAUAAUUAUAAUUAUAAGAGCCACAAACUCAUUUUUCGACGGCUAUAAAUCGCACAGAUCCGGUGGGUGAAGUGUUAUUAUAUGCCUAAGAUUGAUAAAUUGCAAUACUGUGCAAUACUGCCAAACAAAAGUCAAAACAGGUCUUAUUAUCAUUGUGCAACAUACUUCUUUAAUUGGAAAAAUCUGCACAAUUAAAAAAAAAACUAGAUAAGUAGAAAAUAACAACUUUUCAGGGAAGAAGUUUAUAGUAUAUUAAUUAAUACUUAUAAGUAUUAAGAACAGUCUUGAAACUUGUUUUAUAGUCUUCCCUAGAUACUCAUUUGUAUUAAACAAUCAUUUCCAUUUAAUAGGCCAUUAAGACACUCGCACUCAUUAUGACAGGCGCCUUCGGUUAAUGUCAUAAUUCUCACGCUCAUGUCUUAAUAGCAUAAAAUAAUAUUAUCUUUAGUGAAAAUCGAGUUCCUUUGACAUUUUUUUAACCUGUCAUCUGCCAAGGGUGGAUCAAUCAGAGCGCUUUAUUUGUCAAUUUUUGAUCAAUCAAAAGUAAUUGUUGCCAAUAUUGGACUAGUACAAAUUGCAGCAAAUACUGUACAGUACCAAGAGGUAAAUAUUUUUGACACUUGGAACUUUUUUAUUUCUAUUAUUUUGUUUUAAAAUUAAGUGUAUAAUUUAAAAUUUUUGAUUCGAUAAAAUUGUCCUUCGAAUACCACUCGUAAUCAAAAGUCGAAUAUUUUGAGGUGUGAUAUAGCGAAUAUUGUUUGUGGAAAACACAUACCUACACUGUUUAAAAUAUCUGCGGUGUAAAGAGUAAUCCUAAAAUGGUGUCAAAAUUCAACACCAAGUGGUGUUAAUAUAACACCAUGAAUUAGGGUUGAAAAUGAACACCAAAACGGUGUUUAUCUAAAAAUAUUUGAAAAGUGCACCUACCCAGAAAAAAAGGAAUAGUUCAUUUAACCCAGAUGACCCAUAAGUAGUUAUAUUUUUGUGGAUCACGUG